AAUGUACGACUGUCAAUUGGAGUUCAAUUUGAAUUUGGAAGUAACUGAAUACUCUUGAAUUAAAAAUUAUUUAUUAUAAUACAAAAAUAUGGAACUUGAGACUGAUGUUUCAUCAAUAAGCAUAAAAAUUGAAAUGAUUAUUCAGUACUUGGACACUUUGAAUAGUAUUUCUUCCAACAACCACAACUUGUUAGCCUGGUUUAAAAAACUAUGUGAGUUGCUGACAAAUAUACUAGUUGUAAUAACCAACUUAUACAAGAAUUCUGACAGAAAAACUAAAAAUGAAGACAUGUUGCUUUAUCUAAAUCAACUUAUGACAUCUCUAUCCUUAUUGAUGAAUAUUUUUGUCAGAGAAUGUGAAGCAGAACAACAUUUAAUAGUUGCCAGGAAUUUUUGUUUGAAGCAAAUGAAAUGGUGUUUGGAUGGCAUCAAAGAGACUUUGUUGAAUAAGAGUUCCUGUAAAGACACAUCAGGAAGUUUCAUCAAAUGGAUGGAUUUGGCUCUUGAUAAAAUGAAUGGAAUUGAUUUUGAAAAUCAGAAAUCCAAUUCAAUAGUGAUCUGUGAAGAAGCAAAAAGUCUAUUUGAAGAAGUUCUUAGCCAUGCAAUGUCAAUAGCACAAGUGGCUUUAGUAGAAGAUUGUAAAAUUAUUCGGGGCAGAAGUCAGGCUGUACUUGAAGCUCUUGAUGGUCUUACUAGUGAAAUGAGUAAAGAACCUUCUAACGUUUCUAUGAUUAAUCUCUUCAUUGAAUCUUGCUCUAACGAACUAUGUGCCCUAGAACGACGUGUAAAUACAGCUGUGUUGAAAUUAAGUUUAAAUGUAUUUUCCCAGUAUGCAACAACUCUGGAAUCAAUUCACAGGUUUUGUUUUGAUAGAAAAAAUGAAGGAAAAUUGAAUGAGUUAGAUGCACUCGUUGUGGAAUAUGAUUUGCAUGUAGAUAGGAUUAUGCAAAUUGGAUUAUUUGCAGUUUCAUGUUCUACGUGUACCUAUAACUGUACAAAAAUUAAAAGUUGUUUAGCAAGUUUGGAAGCCUUAGAAAUCGAAUUAGUUCCUUCAUUCACUUCAGUUCUGAUAGAUCCAUCUCCACGUAGUAUAAAUCAAACACUCUUGCUCAAAGAACAUUGGAUGAAUCAAGCGCUAAUCUUGAAGAAGCUAAUUUUUUCAAUCAUUGAUCCAAUUGCAUUCUGCCAGGUAAUUUAUGAAGAAAAUAAAGCACUGCUUGAGGAUAUUUCUGAUAAAGUUAAAUCUCGGAAUUCUUUGUUGGAUAAAGUACUUCUAGAAAAUAUUUUAAAACAUUCCAUGGUUUUGAAAGACUUUAUGGAGGUGAUACUGAAUGAGCAAGAGGAACCUAUCACUGAAAAAACAAAGAAAGAAUAUCAAGAUUUCAAAAACGUCUUUCAUGAAUUACAUUCAGCUUCGGAAAUAUUACCUGAUGGAGAAAAUAAUAAUCUGAGGAUCCUGAAGAGAGGGAAGAUACUUCUGACCACAAUUAAAAAUGUAUGGAAAUGUUUUUUAGAAAAUGAUGAAAAUGAAAGUCCAACCACCACAGUUUCAGAACGCCAGAUUGAUGAAGCUAACAUACAAUUGAUAGGAAAUCCCUUCUUAGAUCACCUGAUCAGCAGAGGCAAACAAAUUUUAAAAGAUUCAAGUAUAUUACACCGGAGUUCAUUGAAAACUGAAAGUUGUGAUAUCGAGUUGACGGCCUUGAAGAAAAUCAGCCAAAUAAAAGGUAAGUCUUUACCUUUGUCAAGGCUGGUCCAUCUCAGAAAGCUUAGCUUCAUGAAUUCGGUAACCAAAAGCGAUAGUGGCUCAGAACUACAAAUGACAGAUAUCAUUAAUGAAAUCAACAAUAUUACAAACUCAGAAUUUUUACAGCAAUCAAGAAAAAAUAACAAAUAUUAUAAGUUAUAA